AUGGGGAAGACGGGAGGCUCCUCUUGGUUGACUGCUGUGAAAAGGGCUUUCAGAUCUCCUACUAAGGACGAUGAAGAUCAUAAGAAAAGAGAGAAGCGUCGGUGGAUUUUUAGGAAGCCAACGAGUUUAAGUCAAGAAAGUUCAAAGGAGAAAACAGAGAAUAAUGUAUCAGUUGCUACUGCAGAGCAGAGGCAUGCUCUUGAUGUUGCUGUGGCCACAGCCGAGGCAGCAAUGGCGACGGCCCAAGCGGCCGCCGUCGAAGUGGCUCGGCUGACCAGGCCAUCUAACCAUGCCAGAGAGCAACAACUUCAGUUUGCAGCCAUUGUCAUCCAGACAGCUUUUAGAGGGUACUUGGCAAGGAGGGCGCUUCGUGCGCUUAAAGGGCUUGUGAAGCUGCAAGCUUUGGUGAGAGGACACAAUGUGAGGAAGCAAGCGAAGAUGACUCUUAGGUGUAUGCAAGCUCUGGUUCGAGUUCAAGCUCGGGUUCUUGAUCAGAGGACUAGGCUUUCCCACGAAGGGAGUAGAAAAUCGGCUUUUAGUGACACUAAUAGCAAUAGCGCUUGGGAAUCGCGGUAUCAUCAAGACAUUUCAGACCGAAAAUCCAUUCAGUCUAGAGAGGGAAGUAGUAUAGCAGAUGAUUGGGACGAAAGGCCUCACACUAUUGAGGAAGUAAAAGCAAUGUUGCAGCAUAGGAAAGAAGCUGCAAUGAAGCGUGAGAAAGCUUUGUCCCACGCCUUCUCUCAACAGAUAUGGAGAAAUGGGAGGAGUCCAUCAAUGGGGAAUGAGGAUGAGCUUGAAGAGAAACCCAAAUGGCUAGACAGAUGGAUGGCCCCAAAGCCAUGGGAAAGCAGCAGAGCAAGGGCUUCCACUGACCAUAGAGAUCCCAUCAAAACUGUUGAAAUUGACACCGCGCAGCCUUAUUCAAGUUUAUCAUCCAAUUUCCGAAGAUCGAAUGCCAACCAAUACCACCAACAAAACCAACAGCAAAGACCUAGUUCGCCGCUCCAUAGAGAUAGAUCCCACCAAAACCAACACUUCCACCACUCCCCCAUCACACCCUCCCCAUCAAAAAGCCGCCCUCCUAUCCAAGUUCGCUCUGCGAGCCCUCGAUGCGUUAGAGAAGAUCGAAGCUCCAAUGCGUCUCAAACCCCUAGCCUGAGGUCCAAUUAUUACUACAAUGGCGGUGUUGUGCACCAACAUAGCAGGGGCAGCACUAGCACUAGUGGUGGCAACGUUGGUGCCACAUUGCCUAAUUACAUGGCGGCAACUGAAUCUGCCAAGGCUCGUAUUCGCUCCCAAAGUGCCCCUAGGCAAAGGCCUUCGACACCUGACAGGGACCGAGGAGGAGGAGUUGGAUCGGUGAAGAAAAGGCUUUCGUUUCCAGCUCCUGAUCCUUAUGGUGCUGUUGGAAUGGGAGCUUAUGGAGGAGGAGGUUAUGUGCAUAGCUUAAGGAGUCCAAGCUUUAAGAGUGUGGUGAGUGGAUCACACUUUGGGUUGGAGCAACAAUCUAAUUAUUCUUCAUGUUGUACUGAGAGUCAUGGUGGUGAGGUAUCUCCUUCUUCUACUAGUGACCUUAGAAGGUGGUUGAGGUGAUUAGUUGAGGUGCUUAAUGGCUGAAAAUUGAUGGCUACGCCAGAAGUGUGAAGUGAACUGUAACUUGUCACAUUCUUACUUCGAUUUGAAAUGUGAUUAGGAUGUUGUAAUUUAGUGAUCAUUGAGUAUUUAUUUGGUUAGAAGUAGUAGAAUGAUUGAAGGUUUCCUUUGUU